AUGUUACAUGUCAUGCAGGUAACUAUGAUAACUCCUGAAAGAAAACUAGAACAAUGGAAACAACAUUUAUGUCGAAUGUAUGAAAUCUAUCCUGAAUUAACUGAUUUUUCAUAUGAACAAUUUCAAAUAGUAGAAAGUGUCAUUUACAAGAUCGAAAUUGAGGAAAAGCAGGCAGGAUAUCAUCUACUCAAGUAUAUUGGAUUUGAACCAACUUUACUUCAACAAGUCAAAAUGCCACCAAAAUAUGAUAAUGAAAAUGAACGUUUAGAAAAUCUGAACAAAAUCUUAAUAACACAAAGAUCUGCAGUUGAUGAUCUUGAAGAAAUGAAAAAAGAUUCUAUUGUUCAUACUGUAAGUACUUUUUGUUGCUCAUCACCUACUGUGAGUGUAGCAUCACAUCUGAAUUUUGUUUUCCAAGCAGAAGAAUAUUAA